UUGCGCAGACCGCUUCUGCGCAUCGUGCAUGUGCUACGGGGAAAAUUCACUUUCCACUAACGUUGAAACUUUAACGAAUAUAUAGUUGAUAAUCAUAUUUAUUUUUCAAUGUGUAAAUAAUUUCUUAACUUAAAAAUACUAUUUUCAUCUUUAAAGGUUGCCACCUACACUAGAGAUACGUCAUGGUCAUGGAAACUCCAAGUGCACAAUGUGUCGGCCGUGAGUUUGUGAGGCAGUAUUACACCCUGCUUCAUGAGGCUCCUAUCCAUUUGCAUAGGUUUUACAGCCAUAACUCUUGCUUUGUGCACGGAGGCGUGGAGAAGCCCGGAGAAGAGCAACCACCUGUGAUGGGCCAGUCUGAAAUUCACAAGAAAAUAAUGUCACUGAAUUUCCGCGAUUGCCAUGCCAAGAUUCGUCAGGUUGAUAGUCAAGCCACAGUGGGAAAUGCAGUCGUCGUCCAGGUCACUGGGGAGCUGUCCAACAAUGGUGAGCCAAUGCGUCGUUUCAUGCAAACCUUUGUGUUGGCUCCACAGUCGCCAAAGAAGUAUUACGUUCACAAUGACAUUUUCCGCUACCAGGAUGAGGUUUUUCAUGACAAUGACAGUGAGGCAGAUAAUCUGGAAGAAGCUGUUGACUCUGAACAUGAAAUUAUAGAAAAUGGACAGCAGGUGGAACCUGUAGUGCCAGACAGCACAACAACAUUUUACGAGUCACAAGCACCACUAAGCAAUGGCUCGACUCAUGGUGAUGAGACGGACGACUCGCAAGCCCCGACCAGUCAGGAGGAAACUAAAGAGGAGGAAGAGGCUGAAGAGAUAUUUGAAGACAAGCCAGAGAGCAAGUCGCCAGAGCCACCUGCCGAGCCCGAACCUGUGGUCACGGAACUGCCAGCUGAGCCGAAACCAUUCUCAUGGGCUGCAUUAGCUAGCAAAAACUCGCCCAAUGUUACCAUGCAGCCCCAGCCACCAACUGUUACCAUGAAGUCCCAACCUGUCAGACCAGACCCCAAGCCAGACCCUGGUCCUACACCCCAGCCACAGAGAGGUCCAAGUGAUGGUAGUCCUGAUGCUUUCAGACCACCGAGGGACCGCACGGGUGACCGUGACCGUGUCAGCAUCAGUCGCGAUGACGGCGACAAUGACAGCAAUAGUGGGCGUCGGCCAACCACUCGCUUUCCAGAUAGUCACCAACUCUUUGUGGGAAACCUGCCACACAACAUCUCAGAAAAAGAACUCAAAACUUUCUUUGAAGAUUAUGGAAAAGUAAUGGAAUUACGAAUAAACACGAAAAGUGGAGGUGGCAAGUUGCCGAAUUUUGGAUUUGUGGUAUUUGAUAGUCCUGACCCUGUUCAGCAUAUUUUAAAAGUAAAGAUGAGUCAGCCUAUCAAAUAUAAUGGUGAACACCGCUUGAAUGUUGAAGAAAAGAAGCCACGUGAUGGUCGGAUUGGAGGUGGGCGUGGAGGACCACCGCGAGGAGGGGGCGGCGGCAUGGGCCGGGGAGGAUUUGGAGCACCUGGACGUGGCGGCAUGCGAGGGGGUGGGGGACUGCCAAGGGGUGGCGGUGGAUUUGGUGUGAGAGGGGGGGUGUCGGGAAGACGAUGAGUAACUGUUGUAUAUGGUGCUUAAGAGAAAGUAUGCAAUUCUGAGCUUUUCUAGGUGGCCGUUAUGUUAGAGUUGCUUCCCUUCCAUUGCAAUUAUUACUGAACCAGAAGAGAUUCUGUAUUUUGAUACAGUGUAACAAUGCUAUUAAGUAUGAAAUAAAAUGGUGUUACAACCAAAGAUUGAAGCACGGUUCCAUAAAUAAAUCCUCCAGUGUAAACAAUCUGGAAGUGAAUACCAGUGUGUAACCAAUUCAUUUUUUUUGUACAGAAUGAACAUGCGCAGAACGGGUCUCAAUUGGUUGACGCUGGUAUUAAAACUGGGGCCUUGUCCUUAAUGUCAACAAAAUUAUGGUUCUUGUGGUAACAGAAUUGCAUAUUUUCAUGUCUGUGAAAAACUGUCAUUUGUGAACGGCUGCAUAAAAGAAAGACAAAAAAAAAUCAUGAUUUCCUGUCUGGUAUUAAUUCAUAAGUUGAAAGGAUUAUAAAUUUGUUGUACAGAAUGUCCAAAUACUUCAUUAUUUUUAUACUGUUAACAAAUAAAAUACAAAAUAGUUUUGUUUUGUUUGGUUUGACAUUAAAUUGGAAGCAAAAAUCAGAUUCAUCUUAGAUUCAUCCUUUACCAUGCCUUUUUGUUUUGGUUUCUGCAUUAUGUUCUUUGUUGCUAUCAUAGUUUGUAUUUUUAUGUGUGUAUCUCUUUGUUGCAUCAUCUGAGUGAAUUGAACGUUUGAUAGCAACAUUCCUUACAAUCCGAGCUCUUUUCCAACUUUAGGUCUUAGCACAUUUUAUAUUAGAAAAUCUGUUACAAAUAAAGUUUUUUUUUUUUUUUUCGAUAAUGAUUCCUGUGUAGAUCUGAUUGUGGGUAUUUAUAUUAAGUGGCAAUAGGUGGGGGAAAAAAAUCAGGUUGUAUUGUUUGCAUGUUUAGUUGCUACAUUAUUUACAGUUAAAUUUUUAUUUGAAGAUAGUGUUUAGAAAGGUACCAAAAAUGUAUCGUGGGAUGGGUUUGGGUAAAAUGUUUUUAAUGUUGAGCUAUAGGUUUGUUUUGAAUGUGUUAUUUGCUUGUUAAAAGAUAUUUGGGGGUAAAGUAGAACAAGCAAAGUGUAAACAGGUGGUUAAUUCCACUUUGACAUUGUUCACUGUCAUUAACUGGAACAAGUGCCAUUUGUGAUCUUACCACUUUAUGUAUGAACUGAUCAUGGAUUGGUUGGUCAUGUGUGAAAAAGUAUUUAUUUAUUCCUUUAUUUCCCCUCGCAUUAAAAAUUUUCUAAAUAAAUGUCAUAAUAUAUAUUUCAUACGUUGCUCACAAUAAAAUAUCUAUGGAAAUAUCUGCCAAAGGCAUCGUUCACCAAUAUUUUAGACAACAGAAUUUAGAGAGAAAAAAAGAAAUUUGUUUGAAUGAAGGUUCAACUUAAGCAGCAUCACUUGGUGCCAUUAGUCUUUCAUUCACAUAUAUCGGUAUAAAUUUAUGUCUGAAUUGAGGGUAAGUCCAUCAAGGCAGUGGACGAGUUUUUGGUUGCUAAACCCACAAAGGAUAUUCAACAAUUUUGUUUUUGUUUCUUCAUUUACAAUUGAAGCGUAUUUGGUAUAUGAUGUGGAUUUUCAACCCAUGGUCGUAUUUAGUCAUCGGAUGAAAAAUGAGCACAUUGCCAAUAUUUAGUUUCAAUGUAGGUAGAAAGAAAAAAAAUCCUGAGUGGAAAACUGAAAACGUUCCCAUUGGUCUUGGUUGUCUUAUUUUCUCUUCAGUAUCCAUGUUUUCUGUGUAACAUCUUGUCUGUGUUAACGUGCUAUUCCUGGAUUGUUUGGGAAAAACACACUGAAAUGUAUGUGCCUGGUACUCUACUCUGUCCCAUGGGGCAGCUGCAUUGAGUACUGUGGUAUAGGUCCCAAUAAUGUAGACAUUGACAAACAUUUUAUUGUCCAGCUGCACAUUUUCAAUAAAAGAAAAUCUUUGGAUUUUUUCAAAA